AUGGCCAAGUAUCUCAUAAACAGCAGUGUUAAAGAUGAUCUCAGAGUGCCAACUGCCAUGUACGAAUCCAUUCAGAAACUGGAUAAAAAACUUGACCUGCUUCAUCGAAAGGUCUCAGAAAUGCAGCAUACUUGUGCUAGGCCACUGUUACUCAAACCUAAACCAGUUGCAUACAGAAGUUCCAGUCAUUUGCCCCAGGGAAAAAUAAGAGUACAAAAAUCUGUGGAAAGGACUUCAAGUCUUCAUCUCUCUUCACCAGGCCGAGGAAGGCAUAACCCAGUCAUAAGGGCUGCUUUACAAAAUAGCUGUGUUCAGGUGAAUUCCACAACAAAUAGCGUUCAACACACUGUUGAACUUGAAUCACAGCAGCCUGUUCUUAGGCAGAGCCCUCCACUCCCCACCAUCGUUUCUACACGUUCCUUGCAUUCAGAGUUUACAGCAGCUGACAGCAUCCCUGACCUUCUUCCACAACCAAAUCUUUCAGCUACUGUUGAAAGUACUGUCAAUAUUGCAUCAUCUUCAGCAGCAUCAUCAGUGAUGCCAGCGCCAUCUGAAACAGGUUUGGGAGAUGAAGCAGUGGUGGUGAACUACAGAAGUGCGUCUGGGAAUGUAAACAUUAGUAAAGAAGUGCCACCUUCAUCAGUCUCCAUCCAUCCAAGCUUUGAAUAUGUUGGUGACCCAGUGAGAAAUGUGAAAGUUCUUGGAAACUAUUUGAUGAAAGCUCGUCAAAAGACUAAACCAAAGUAUGCAGCACGCUACUUAGUUCGUGUCUUGUUCCCCAAGGAAGCUUUGCUGUGUAGCGUGAUAGGAAUGAGUACACAAGGGUGGUGUUCACUGGAUCCUAAUAAAAUGACUGCAAUAAGAGAAUUUCUUGCAGCUAACUUUCCGAACUAUGAUUUGAGUGAAUAUGGAAAAGACUGGAAAACUUGUAUCACACAUAUCAAUGCUAUGAUCCGCUGUUUGCACUCUGAAACAAAAAUAAACCAAGAGAUAGCUAAUGAGAAAGAUAAAUUGGCUUACAGUCCAGAUACAUCUCUUGGUGUAGAUUUAAAUUGCAGUGAAGACAGUAAAGGGAGUUCUCAAAACUCUCAGAAGAUGACCAAUUCUACAAGUGACAGUCUGCAAAAUUCAGGAUGGAAUAAGUUCCCAGAAUCUUUCCAUACACCUUCAGUGAAGAAACUGCAGUCCCUGGAACCUAUGGAACUCCUUGGAAGUCCGUGGCGCAAUGUGCAGCUGCCUGUCUCAGUCCUUUAUGUAGCAAAGGGGAAGUCUCGGCCAGAGCUGUCAGCUCGCUACCUGAUUCGUCAUCUGUUCACCGAAGAUGUGCUGGUGAAAAGCAAUGUCUAUGGUAAUAUUGAACGUGGUAUGAGUCCGUUGGACUGCAACAGAAUUAAUGCUCUCAGAGACUUUCUUCAAGAGAAUUACCCAUCCUUUGAUCUGAAGGAAACUGGAUAUGAUUGGAAGGCGUGUGUGGCUGCCAUAAACAGUACAAUCCGCAGUCUCAGACAUGACCACAAAAAGGCUACAGCUGGAAUCCUUUAAGGUGUCCUCCAACCUGAGGCAUUCUAAGAAUAUACCUAUGAUCAAGGUAGCAGAAGCAGGUAGAAAUGCAGAGAGGAAAAAAAGGACCUCCAUGAAGGACGAUUAAAAGUCAAUGAAACUAUUUCACUGUGUGU